AUGAAUGCUGUGCGCCAAUCCUGUCGCCCAAAGCACCAGGUUCUAAUCCUGAAAUGCUUUCCUCGCUAUCAAAAGGGGGUGCUGGAAGUGAAGCCGAACUCGAGUGAACUUUCUUAUCUCUUGUACUAUGUUAGCACGCGUCGUAGCAAGCUACCAAAGGUGGGCGCCUUUCUUGAGAAAAAGGCUGCCAGAGAUGUCUCCAAGGGAAGGAUCGGAAAUGUCCAGGUUGUCCUUCAAAUUCUCACUGCGCUCGUCGAAAAAUUGCCCCGGGAACUACCCCUAUACGCUAACUCGGUUCUGACCAUUAUCGAAACUGUAAUCAGUUCUAAAGAUGUCACUAUGGUGGAAGAAACGGUUCCGACAUUUGAAAUGUUCUGUAGUAGCCAGGACCUAUCAGUUCUCGCGGCCGAACAACAAUAUGCGACGCAGUACCUCAACAUUGUGCAUAGCUACGCCCAAUUUGCCUCGUCAAAGACCAAGAGCACAUUUGAUACCGCCAACAACCUUCCAAUGACACUGCGCCUGAAGAACAUCGGCUUGAGAGCAAUCAAAAGUAUGGUUGGUUCCGAGUCACUUAGUGGCGACGGCGGAAAGCAGCUUUCGAUCAUUGUACCGGUCAUUUUGGAGAAUCUAUAUACAGAUGACGAAGAAACGUUGGUCUCCUUGCAUCUCAAAACCCAGAAUUCGGACAAGGCAGAGAAUGAGGUACCAAAGCAUCAUCGUCGGACGAGUACGGCCACUGUCCAAACCGCAGAUCCACCAGCAGGAGACGCGGCAGAAGCCUCGGGUACUACUGCAGAUGCAGACAAAGCAGCCGAGUUGGAAGUCCGCCUUAUUGCGCUGCGGUGCUUAGAACGCAUCUUUGCCGUGAGCACCAACCGUUCUCAGAUCCGCACAGCAGCAGGUUUGGCACUAGAGUUCAUUGUGGACCACCAUGAGAACUCGGGGUCGGAAAAGAAAGAGCAAGACAGCAGCGCCUGGGCGCAAUCGCUCAUGGAACUGAUUGCAAAAUGGUGUCCUGUUCAAGAUCGAUUCAUCGUUUUGUUCACCGCCGUUGAAAUUCUGAGAGGAAUGUCCGCCGACGACCUUCCUGUCCAGCAGCAAAUAGUCAUGGCUUCGCUGAUUGAUUCGUUGUUGAAAUCGCCUGUGAAUAUGAUUGGGCUGAGUGUUAUCGAUGUUCUCGUUGGCUUUGUCCAACACAUUCUUCGUUUGCUCCAGACGCCAUCUCCCCCAUCCUCUCAACCCCAGCUGCCUGCUACCAAAGAGGGCGACAACGCGGGCAGUGCGGCAGUGAACGGGGACUUGGAAAAAGCUAGCACUCACUCUCCACGGAGCCAUACUUUGACACCUGAGAAUGAAAGAUUGGCGUCGUUGUUGAAGCAAUGCAUUGGGGAUCUUGCUACCCACAUCUAUUACGCCGAUCAGAUCUUCGACAUGAUUCGGACAUUGUUGAAGCGAAUCAGACCCCCGGUUUUAUUAGAUGCCACUGCAGGCGCUACCGUCAAUACGGUCUUGGAACCAUCGGCAUCCACAAACCAGAUCCCCAUUGGUACAAAUGAACGCCAAUCAGAGAACUUUUUUUAUUCUGCAGAUGCGAGGAUCACAGCUUUGCAAGCAGUCAAGGAUAUUCUUGUCGUCGCCAACCUCAAAAAGGCCGCAUCGACAGGGGCAGGCAUCGUGUCGCGAAACCCGGUUGGCAUACAGGUGUGGGAAGGAACACAGUGGCUUCUGAGGGAUUCUGAUCGUCAAGUGCAAACUGCUUACGCCGAUGCUCUUCUUUCUUGGCUUCAACUGGAAACUAGCAAAAGCAACCUUCAAGUGAAAGACGCAACUAAAAAAGUUUUUCGAUCUCAAUCCAAAAAAGAAUCGGCUGGUGGGAGAAAAUUCUCGGCAUCUUCUGCCGCCAACGAUAAAAAACCAGUCUCGGUAUCUUCGAAUUUCCUGCAGCUUCUUCACUUGACAUUAUACGAUAUUGCUGUCGAGUUUGCUUCAGUUGACCCGCAAAUUUUUGUGGUUUACCUCCUUCUUGUCAGUCUGGUUGAGCACCUUGGAGUCAAUGCGAUUCGGUUUGGUUUGCCUAUGGUGUUGAAACUUCAGGAGGUAGUACCGCCGAGCGAGUCUCUGAGUUCGGCAGACGCUCAAGUCAACAUCGGAAGUUUGGUAUACGGUUAUCUGUCAGCAUUAACCGAAAAGUUUGAUUUUGAGACAUCCAAAGUCGGAGCAGCGAUCCACGGCGAAGUUUCGAAGCGCAAGAAGCGCGGGGCAUGGCUUGAAUGCAUUCAGUUUCCACCUCUGCCCUUGAGCCAGAUCCCGCACAGUGGCAAUAAAGUCAGCAAGUCAGACAUUGAUCAGCCUUUCCACGUCUUUUCUGCAACCGAGGACAUUGUCCGACAGGUUGAAAAUGCCUAUACUGCAUCUCUCAUUGCCGCGCCUCAAAGUCCGCCAGGCUCGCCGGGAAGAAGCGUUCCUCCUCAGGCCCUCGGCCAGGCAUUCUCUAGCCCGAACCAGGACUUUAAAUUGCCUGCAGACAUCAAGGAAGAUAUGCUCUCUCCCUGGUCUAGAGAAGCCAGUCUGGCCAUUCUGGAGAAGGAAAAGAUAAAAGCGGCAUCUUUGGCCGGUUCAAAACAUGCAAAUUCAGCCAAGCGAAACUAUGGUUCCUUGAAUGGGUUUGGAAGAAAUUCGCCCAACCGAGAAUCGCCGGAUCGCCAAGAUACUAACGGUACCGACGCCUUUGGUACCGGCGUCUUGGGCUUCCAGGUUCCUCGUUCUGCUAGCUUACCAGAUCGUUCGCCUGUGGAGUCUAACAGAGACUCGACGAUCCGUGUCAACGACCUGAAGAGAAUGCUGACGGUCGGUGGCAACUCCAAUGUCCGUCGAUCGAGUCCACUACGCGGUCGUCUGGAUGCCAGCAACGCCGCCAGUAUUGCAAGUUCCAGUACCGAAAGCCUAGUCAGCGGGACCUUUUCCACAUCCGAUUUUGGAACGGAAAGCCGACCACAGUCUAUCCGAGAAAACGGACGGAGUGCCAGUCGAGAUGGCUCGGAAACCCCCAAAGCCGCACUAGCCAAUGUUUUCCCAUCAUCAGGCAAGAAUAAUAGCAACGACAAUUCAUUUACGGAUCUUGGAGACGAUAUCCCACCAGUUCCACCGCUUCCUUCUGGCCUGGCAAUCCCCGGAGGCUUUCCCGAUACCAGUUCCUCCAACCUGUCCCGACAAAGCUCCACACGUUCAGACCACCCUUCGCCUUCGGCAACACCUGUGAAUUUUGCCAGAAAUAGCUCUCUCCUGAACAAGAGUAGCGGGCAACAACUAGGAAGAUCGCUGAGCGGGAAGAGGAGCAAAUCAAACAACAGCCUGAACAAUACGUCCAGAAAAACCACUCCCACCGCCUUCGUGUCACCUCCUACUACUCCUAAUAAUAAUAAUAAUAAUUCACAGUCCUCCCGACUCGAGGUUGAUAAGCUGCUCGACGGCGUUUUGCCGCAGGAAUCCAGCCUGCAGUUUGACCAGAUUCAGUUGACGCUGGAAACACCGGGCUUGACGAGGGGGAAAUCUCGAACGCUGGAAGAUCGACGCAAGAUUACGAGUGGUAUCGGACGGCCUCCUUAUUAA